CCAGCAAACAAGGGGCAGCGUGGAGAAGUGGGCACUAUGUCUGAGGGAGCUUACCAGCGCCUCUGGGAGUCCUCCCACGCGACCCUGCAGGAGCUGCUGGACCAAGAGCAGCCCCUCCUCGAACCCGUGCCCGACCGGGAGCGGCAGACCUUCCAGUACAGGCUCGGGUCGCUCUACCUGCACUACCUGGGGCUGCUGCGCCGCUUCGACACCGUCUACGACCAGCUGGUGCAGCCGCAGAAGCGGCGGCUGGUGCGGCGCCUGCUGGACAGCGUGGCGGGGCGCGUGCUGGAGCUCAAGGACGAGCUGGUGCGCGCGGAACUGUGUGAGAACCACUGCCUGGACCUCGUGCUGCAAGAUCUCAAGCUCACCCCGGCUGACCUAGAGGUUCCAAUCCCCAAAUACUUCCUGCUGGAGCAGUCCACUGCUAUGCGGGAGCAAAGGCUGAUGCUGGCUGAGAUCCUGUCCAGACUGGAGCCAGUGUCCUCCCGGAAGAGCUUUACAGGAAUGCACCGGACUGAGGCCAUAAUUCUAAUACAAAGGGCAGAGCGGGCCAGGCAAGGGCGGCUUCGAGCCACCUUCAUGCAAGAGAUUCGAAGAGAUGAGGAGCGGGAUCGGAGGAUUCGGGAGGACGGACGGCACAAGUUCAGUCGGGGCCAAGCAGCUGUCACCAUACAGAAGGUGUGGAAAGGUUACCUACAGAGGAGACGCACUCGGCAGGACCGGCAGACAGAGAUGGAGUUCAUUGGCAUGCUCCCCUCACCCAACCAGGUAGAGCACCUGAGCGUCAUCUCCCAGGCCUGCCGAGGGGAGGAUGGCCGGAGGCUCCGCCAGACGGAGAAGGAGGAGGAGUUCCAGGCGGCGAUGGUGAAGACCCAUGAUUCUCUCGCAGAGACAGAGGGGCCUGACAUGAAGGAGAAAAUGAAGGAGCAAAUCCGACAGUGGUUUAUCGAGUGCCAUGACCUUACUGGCCGGUUCCCUGAUUAUCCAGAUGAAUCUUUAGGUGGAUCCUACCUGAUCUUUGCAGACAAAACUCCAGAACAGGUGAGAAUGGAACUAGAGAUGCAGGUCCAAGAGAACAAAAAAAGAGAAAAAGAGAAGAGCAAGGAAGAAGAAAAGGAUGAAAAAGAGAAGAAGAAAGGAAAGGAAGAAAAGGGGAAGAAGCGGGAGGUAGAGGCGGUGCUGCAAGUAUUGCCAUCCAAAUGUAUCCCUAUGAUCAGCGCCGGGCAUGAGGAAUACUUAAACCUAUGGAAGAACCGGUGUGAGGGCAUACAUCCCAGUCAGAAUUAUGACUCUGAGACCCUCCGGGAGGAGAAGAGGAAGGAGGUGGAGCUGGAGAUCCGGAUACAGGUGGAUGAACUGAUGCGUCAGGAGCUGAGAAACCUCCGUCUGGCUGUGGACAAGGAGGAGGAAAGACAAGCCUUGAGGGCUCCAAAGAAAACACCUGGGAAGAAACGUGGGAUAAAGAAGAAGGAAAAAGAUCUGACCCCAGACAGGACUGUGGAGUCUCUGUAUGAAGAGCUUGUUAUUGCUGGCCUUAUAAGGAAGAGCGAGUCAGUGGCAUUGAAAGACUACAUAGGUGACUGCCUCUAUCUUGGAUCCACUCUGAGUUUGGCAAAGAAGUUGCCCAUGCCCUCUCUGUUUGACAUACGACAGAACGUGGCCUUGUAUGCUGUCCUUCGGCUUGGCUCCCGGGAUAUCCACACCAUGGCCCCGCUCAUCCGCUCCAUCCUCCUGGUGGGCCCCUCUGGCAUGGGGAAGAAGAUGCUGGUCAAGGCGGUGUGCACAGAAACUGGCGCCAACCUGUUCGACCUGUCCCCUGACAACCUGCUGGGCAAAUAUCCUGGCAGGAACGGGGCACAGAUGAUGGUGCAUAUAGUCUUUAAGGUAGCCCGGCUCCUACAGCCCUCUGUGAUUUGGAUUGGAAAUGCUGAGAAGAAUUUCUAUAAGAAGAUCCCCAAAGAAGACAGGGAGAUAGACCCAAAGCGGAUAAAGAAGGACCUCACCAAGGCCUUGCGGCUGCUGACUCCCGGAGACCGUGUGAUGCUGAUUGGGACAACCUCCCGGCCGCAGCUGGCUGAGAUACGGGGGCUGUGCCGGGUCUAUGAGCGGAUCCUUCUCAUGCCCAGGCCUGACUACGCAUCCCGCUAUGUGCUCUGGAAGCGUAUGAUAGAGGCCCAGGGCAUCCAGCCAACCCAGCGCCUGGACAUCAGUGCCCUGGCCAAGGUCUCCGAUGGCUACACACCGGGUCACAUUCUCCAAGCCAUUCAGUCGGUGCUGAGUGAGCGGCGGUUCCUGCAACUGUCCAAGCGGCCCCUGGUGGCCUCCGAGUUCCUGGGACAGCUGUCGAAGCUGGAUCCAGUGUACAGGGAGGAGGAGGAGUCCCUGAAGGACUGGUACUUCAAGACCCCAUUGGGCAAGAAGAACAUGAAACACAGGAUGGACCAGUUGGAGGCUGAGGAGGCCAAGCUGGCCAAGGAGAAGAAGAAAAGGAAGUGAUGGCUGAGGCCUGCGGGCACCUGAGAUUAGUGGGGCGGGACAGGGUAGUGGCCCGGGGUAAAGGGAUGGGGCAGAGGCAUAAAUGCCCAGAUGACUUGGGGACA